AUGACGACCAACACUAUCGAAGCCACACCACCUGCCAAGAGCAAGGUAGAGAUCCUCACCGAUGUUUUCGCGCUCGCGACACAGUUCAGCACGUGCGUGGAAGCUUUCAACCUUAUCCAUCCGUCCAAAGACAACGACCAUCCCCAGAAGGUCGCCCUUGUCAAACUCGGCCUGCAGCAGGGGCGGCUGCUCAUCUUUGGCGAUGCAGUAGGCAUCUCCUCUCCGCCGGCGACUAUCGCUAGAUAUAUGAUUCCUAGCCGCCCUGGCCUCACAAACCCAGAUCCCAAUGUCCCUGUCAACUUCGGUGUCAGAGAUGCAAGAUUGGAUGACGAAGUCAGCAAUGAGAAGGUCAAGAAAGCGCUGAAUGAAAUUGCGGGUCGCCCUGCGCACAUGUCACGAGAAGAAUUGAUGGAUAAGUUUGGUCUGAGGAGCCCCAAGCAUGCUACCAAGAUUCUGUAUCCGCCGCUGGUCCAUAAUCGCCUCGAAGCUUUCCGCGAAAAACACGGCUUACUCCAGGACCUUGUCCUACAGAGCGGUAUUCGAACCAAUUUCAAACGUACCUCAAACAUAACAAUAAGCCACUGGACUGUCAAAGACAGCGCGCGCUUCGAGCAGUUUGUCAAGACAAUCCGUGACGAGGUUGACGCACUCAUUGACCUCUUUGGCGUGAAAGAACAAGUGGACCGCGGCACACGCUCCGAUAUCCGUUGCAUGGCCUGGCAUCCCGAGCUGACGGGUCCCAUCGUCCAGAAAGAUUGGGAGAAAUUGCGCCUUCUCCGGGAAGCAUGUGAAGUUGACUAUCCUCAAUACAUCGAGGUAAUCGAUAUAGCGCUGCAAUAUCUGCACGAAGAGAUCAAAGAAUCGUCCCUCGCAACCCACCGCGCGGCGAAUCAAGCAAAACACGAAGCUUCUAUAGCUGGCGCUACAGGUGCGAGACGCAAGAGCGACCACGAGCUUGCGCCGGGCGCGCCGACUAUCCCUGCAGCCGUAGAGGAGAAAACAGCGAUCCAGAUCGCCUGUGAAAAAUCGUUGAAUCCGAAUGUAGGCAAGGAGAAACGGCCUAGCUGGCUCUCGGCGUUCAAGUUCAAGUCCUGGUCGAAGAGCCACAGAGGAGGAAAGACGCAACGCUCGAACAGUUUGCCCGAUGCCUCAGCCGACCCGCAGCGUGCCUUGUCUGCAGAUAAGUCUUUCUCAUAUGAUUCCACCGGCGAAGACGCCAAUGCCCUCACGACCGUGCGAUCCAAGUCUCUCAGCGCCAUGUCGGAUGACUCGGGGCCGCUGGAUCUAGAUUCAAGGAUGCGGAACCUAUCUGUUGAUGAGGGGAGAGACCUUCCUGCGAUCCAAGAAAACGGCGUUGCGGUCGGAAACCAAGCUGCUCGUUAUUCCUGGGACAAGAAUGCGCUCGUGCAAACUCAGACUGUUAGUAGCGAAGGUAGCGAUGAGAACAUGCUCGCUGGUGCCACGACGGUAAACAGCUUGAUUGAUCGACAUGAUAUGUAUCGAGGCAUGGGCAGGAUUGAGACAAAAGAUAUCAGGGGGAAGGCGCAUGAAAUUUAG